GCGCCUGACGUCAGUGUGUCUCUCCGCACGAGCCCGCGUCCCGCGCCGCUCCGCGCCCCAGCGCCCACAGCCCCGCGGCUGCACGACGAGCGGCGGCCGGGAGCGCGCCGCCCCGCUCGGCCCUGCUGCUCCGCUCCGCCGCCACCUCCUUCCCGCACCCGCACCCGCACCCGCAGCCGCCCGCGCGCCCUCCAGCACCAUGUCGGUGGCCGGGCUGAAGAAGCAAUUCCAUAAAGCCACGCAGAAAGUGAGUGAGAAGGUUGGAGGAGCUGAAGGAACCAAGCUAGAUCAUGACUUCAAGGAGAUGGAGAGGAAAGUGGAUGUCACCAGCAGGGCUGUGAUGGAAAUAAUGACUAAAACAAUUGAAUACCUUCAACCCAAUCCAGCUUCCAGAGCUAAACUCAGCAUGAUCAACACAAUGUCCAAAAUCCGUGGGCAGGAGAAAGGGCCCGGCUACCCGCAGGCAGAAGCACUGCUGGCAGAGGCCAUGCUCAAGUUCGGGAGAGAGCUCGGAGAGGACUGCAACUUUGGCCCUGCGCUCGGUGAGGUGGGGGAGGCCAUGCGAGAGCUCUCGGAGGUGAAAGACUCCUUGGACAUGGAGGUGAAGCAGAACUUCAUUGACCCCCUUCAGAACCUUCACGACAAAGACCUGAGAGAGAUCCAGCAUCACCUGAAGAAGUUGGAGGGUCGACGCCUGGACUUUGAUUAUAAGAAGAAACGACAAGGCAAGAUCCCAGAUGAAGAGAUCCGUCAAGCCCUGGAGAAAUUUGACGAGUCUAAAGAAGUUGCUGAGUCAAGCAUGUUCAAUCUGCUGGAGAUGGACAUCGAACAGGUGAGCCAGCUCUCUGCGCUCGUCCAAGCCCAGCUGGAGUACCACAAGCAGGCAGUGCAGAUCCUGCAGCAAGUCACCGUCAGACUGGAAGAAAGGAUAAGAGAAGCUUCGUCUCAGCCUAGAAGGGAAUAUCAGCCCAAACCGCGGAUGAGCCUGGAGUUUCCCAUUGGAGACAAUACUCAGCCCAAUGGAGGCAUCUCCCACGCGGGCACUCCCAAGCCUUCAGGUGUCCCCAUGGAUCAGCCCUGCUGCCGAGCUCUGUACGACUUUGAACCUGAAAAUGAAGGGGAAUUGGGUUUUAAAGAGGGUGAUAUCAUCACACUCACUAACCAGAUUGAUGAGAACUGGUACGAGGGGAUGCUUCAUGGCCAGUCAGGCUUCUUCCCCAUCAACUAUGUGGAAAUUCUGGUUGCCCUGCCCCAUUAGUAUGUCAUGCUGGCUGGCUCAUCUCCUCUUGACCCGGAUAGUUCAGUUUAACCACUGCUUUGGUAAUGCUGCUUCCAACACAUCCCAAUGCAGGCCGCAGUGGUCCAGGUCACCCGGCCCCACAGAGUACCUUUGGUUGACUUGUGUGAUCCCACAGGAGUCACGGUGAUGGAUGGUAUCUUCUCCGCCUGGUGGGCAUGGCAUGUGCUUUUAAAAUACCACCUGAGACCAGCCAGACAGUUCUCAGGAGACUGCGGCUUCUUAGACUAAUGACCAUGAGCCACAGCACAGAGAAACCAUCCUACUGAAGGUAUUAUCUAUCACCCAGGGCCUUCUCCAGGUCUCAGGUUUUCCAUCUAAACAGGAGAAAGGGUUUGCUUUCAUAUCGUCCCUUCCCAAACGUGUGAGUCACAGAGUUUGUCGAAGAAAGCCUCCCUCACCAGCAAACUGCCUUCUGGUCUGAGUUAGUCCUUUGAUGCCACCAGGAAAGUGUUGCGUGUGGAUUCAAAGCCUUCUCUGAAAACAUUCACCUCUGUUCCUCCCACUUAUGCCUGUUUCUGAGGCACAGCCUGUUUCCCUUCCUCCCUGCUGUUCGAGCCAGAGGGACUCCCAUUUUAUUUCUAAGAUAGUUAUCAAUCCACAUAUUGUGGGAGGGGCUGACAAGAGGAGACUCUAUUAUGAGGAAAUGGGAAGAGAUCUGUUUCCAAGCUUAAAUGUCCUGCUGUAAAGAAACUGUGUGUGUGUGUG